AUGGUAGCUCCUCGAGCUUCCGGCCUUUUUGGACAGUCAUGUCGACGGUCAUCUCUCACAGCGCGACUCUCCAUCGAUAGGCGGUACAUCUCUGCCUACGGGUACACCCAGGCCAAGGCCAUUGUCUUUCCAAAAUACGGAGAGCCCAAAGAUGUUUUAAAUCUACAUGCAUACUCCAUCUCUCCUCCCGGUGGCACUCGAUGUACCCUCCGACUACUGGCUGCUCCGCUCAAUCCGGCAGACUUUAACCAGAUACAAGGUGUCUAUCCGACAAAGCCCACUUUCACCACCUCCCUAGGCACGAUUGAGCCUCAUGCCGUGGCUGGCAACGAGGCAGCUUUUGAAGUUAUCUCCACCGGCUCGGGCGUCAAGUCUCUUCGCAAGGGCGACUGGGUUGUCAUGAAACACUCUGGGAUGGGCACAUGGCGGACACACGCUCAGUGGGACGAAUCGCAGCUGAUUAAGAUUGACGAGCAGGACCGUCAAGGCCUCACCCCCAUCCAAGCGGGAACCGUCAGCGUCAACCCUGUAACGGCAUACCGGAUGAUCAAGGAUUUUUGUGAAUGGGACUGGUUGCGUGGCGGGGAGGAGUGGUUGAUUCAGAACGGCGCAAACUCGGGUGUAGGCCGAGCGGCCAUCCAGAUUGCCAAACAGUGGAAUAUCAAGACUCUGAACGUCAUUCGGGAGCGUGAAACAGCAGAGGAUACGGAAAAGCUGAAGAACGAGCUGCUCUCGCUCGGCGCCACGGCCGUCAUUACCGAAGCGGACCUCCUAUCCCCUGCAAAGUUCAAAGAGAUUGUUCACCAACAGACACGCGGAGGCAGAGAGCCCAUCCGUCUCGCCCUGAACUGCGUUGGCGGGAAGAAUGCGUCUGCUAUGGCCAAAGUGCUUGCUCCCAACUCUCGACAUGUCACCUACGGCGCCAUGGCGAAGAUGCCGACCUCCCUGACUGCUGGACUAAUGAUUUUCAACAACAUCUCCUUCCACGGCUUCUGGGUAUCGAGAUGGAGCGACCAGAACCCAGUUAUGAAGGAAGAGACUAUUCGUGAUAUCUUCCGUCUAACUCGUGACGGCAGGUUUAAAGAUAUCCCCGUGCAGGAGGUUAAAUGGACAAGAGAUACGUCUAAGGAUGAGCUCAUUGACAGCGUACAGGGGACGCUUGGGGGCUUUAGGAGCGGCAAGGGAGUUUUUGUCUAUAGUGGUGAGUAG